AUGAAUAAAAAUGAAGUGAACAACUUUUUGUGCCAGUUUGAUUUCUCCGCCCUGGAGGAGUUGGACCCAUCACUAGCGGACGGUUAUACCGCAUGUUACAGAAAAGAAGUUCCAUUCGAGAUAAAGGUGGAGCAGGCGAAAGACGGACCUCAGGAAAUAGGUUCACUGGAAGUUAUAACGGUGAAACUGUUAACGUUGGGGGAGGAAUCAAAGCCCAAGCGCAUCAAGAUAGAGCUAACCUGCGAAGCGGACCUAUUUUUUCACUUUACGCAAACAGUAGAUGAACGCUCGUUUGAAGCCAUGCAAACUAGCCAAAAGCUUAUGAUUAAUUUUUCUGAAUAUUUGGAAGUUUUAAUAAAAAUGUUCAACUCCUGUAUAGGGGAUCCGCACAGCUUUUUGGCUGUUCUCACUGUGAAGAAAGAUGGAAAAGCCCGGCUGGAUUUCAUAAAGAACGUUGAAUAUAAGUUCAUCGAACUACUGGUGUGUGAGCUUGUCCAGUCCUCCGAGGAAACCAUAAGGGAGAGCAUUUCCUACAGGUAUAAUGCCAUCAAGUCGAAAAACUCCAUAAUGUACAAAAGGUUGCAAGACAUAAAUCUGUUAAUCAAGUCGAAGAAUCCAUCCCUCUUAAUGCAACUCCAAAAAACGGUAAGCAAACAAAUGGAACUUAGGAAGAACAGACACUACAUCAGAAGCAUAUAUAACGCGAGUUGA